UAAAAAAUUCUAAUUGUUUCAUUUAGGAUGUGCCUAAGAAACUGGCUUUUUAUUUUUAUUUUUUUUAACUCUGUGUGUGUGGUGAACAGUAUGACUACUAGUCCAGUUUGGUGUCACUGCCCUGCUUUGUGCCCAGGCACCAGCUGUUUUCUGCACCAUUUCUUUGGAACAUCAAGACAAUUGUCCACACAGUGAGCACGGCCAGUAACAUUUUAAUAUAAUGAAAACAGUUUGGAUCCUCUGAAAGAGCCCCAGGGAUCUCUAAGGGUCUACAGACUAUAGUUUGAGAACUACUGGUUUAUGGCAUAACAUUAAUAACUAUUUUUAGCUAUUUAUUUCUAUGUUUGCAUCUUUUUAGCUUCCCAACUGGCAUAGCAAUAGUAUUUAAUUUCCAUAGAGCUCCUGCUUUGAAUCCAGUAUAAACUUUUCAUGUGGAUUGACACUUAUCUUCACAACAACCCUGGCAGAUUAUACUUAUUCUACAAAUAAGAAAGUUAAGACGGAAUUAUACAACUACAUAAAGGUACUUUGAAGUAGAAAUCAGAAACAGCACUGAAAAGUGGUUUGAGGCCAGAUAGCAGAAUGCCAGCCCAUGAAUUUAGACAUAAUUCUCCAUGUAUCAAUAGUUUUGGGGUAGGGGACGGGCAUGCACUAACCACAGCAGCUAAGAUCUAAGUACACACUCAGCAGAGCACACACAGGAAGCAACCCUAGAUGCAAAGUCGCGAGGCAGGAAAGAGAAUCAAUGACACAGAAGUCCAUGGCAUCACUCACUAAAUAAAGGAUUGUAUAGCAUUUCCCAAGUGGCAUGUCUCUCCCACAGUUCUCUUCUGUCAUGGAAUUGGCCAAAAUGUCAGACAUGACAAAGCUCCACCAAGCCGUGGCUGCAGGGGACUAUAAUUUAGUGAGAAAGAUUUUGAAGAAAGGUCUCUGUGACCCAAACUACAAGGAUGUAGACUGGAAUGACCGGACCCCGCUUCACUGGGCUGCAAUCAGAGGGCAAAUGGAAGUGGUGCACCUCCUGAUAGAAUAUGGAGCCAGGCCCUGCCUGGUCACCGAUGUGGGCUGGACUCCCGCUCAUUUUGCAGCUGAGUCAGGCCAUCUGAAUGUACUCAGAGCUCUCCAUGCAUUGCAUGCGGCCAUUGAUGCCCCAGACUUCUUCGGUGACACACCAAAGAGGAUUGCACAGAUCUAUGGGCAGAAAGCCUGCGUGGCAUUUCUGGAGAAGGCCGAGCCCGAGUGCCGGGACCACCGCCGCGCCGCCCUGCAGAGGGGGCUGCCCCUGGAUGAGCGGGACGGAGACUGGGACGCCAAGAAAAGGGAGCUGGAGCUGUCUCUUCCCUCCCAGAAUCGCAACACUAAUAAAAAGAAUAAGAAAAGCCAAGGCCCUACCGGGCCCAGCAAUACCAAGCAGAGGAGAGUGUGAGAGGAGCUGGCAGACGCCUGCGAUCUUUGCGUGAUUUUACUCAUGGCCCCUUACUCAGCGGGCUCCUGCCAGAGACGCUCAUGACUGUCGUUCGGUUUGAAAGUCUCGCCUGGGUGCUCUCCCUAGCGGCUGCUAUUUCCUUGUCCGCAAGAAUUACCAUUUUGUCAUCAGUGAUUUGCGCUGUCAGCAUCUCCUGACCCUCUUUCCCCUGCAAUUAUGGAAUUUCAGAGGACAAGGAAAGAGUUCUCCUAAGGAACCUGAUUUUUUUUCAAUGUUAAAAAAAAAAAAAGUAAAAACAAAAAUCUCAAAAAUAAUCAAUGUAGUCAGUCCAAUCUAUGAAAAAAAAUAUUUGUUGUUGCAUAAACCAAGCAAAGAAGUGAACAAAGGUAUCUUCCAGUUUCUAUUAAUAGCUAUUCUUUCCUUUGUGGAUGGGAGCCCACAAUCCCAGCAUGGACAUUUUUAUCCACAAUCAUCUCUGCACAGAAACAGUCUGAGCAGUAAACCGCUCAGUGAGAAAUAACUAGCAACCCUUGAAUUAAUUUACUUUCAUCCCAUAUAAGUAAUGAGAUAGAAUGUAAAAUAAUGGAACAUGAUUAUAGGUCUACUUUCUCAAUUGAAAAUAUAAAUACAGAUCAGAUACUCUGAAUUAAAAUAUAGCAUCCAAACUGAGGUGUAAAAUAUAGAUUAAAUUUUGAAGACUUAGUACAAAAAAUGUAAAAUGUCUCAUGAAUAAUAAUAUUGAUUACAUGC